UAUGAAUUUUAAAAGUCUCCCAGGUCAGCCAAGAGGUCGCUGAUGUUAGACUUUCUGUGGAGUCUCUCGUUGCCUCUGUUAAAAAGGGCCCUGAAGCUCUGCAAUUUGAAAAUGGUCAUUUCUCUGAGCUUGUGAUGACCGAGCAUGUGAUCCCGGUGCAAGGUCCCUGCCAGGAAGACUGGGUGUUUUAUAAAGACUCAUGCUACUUUCAGUCUUCAGUAAAGAAGAGCUGGCAACUUGCUGAGAACAACUGUAUCCAGAAAGGAUCACACUUAGUUGUUGUCAAUGACAUGGCUGAGCUUGACUUCCUAUCUUCGAUCAUGAAGACGUCUAACAGCUACUGGAUUGGGCUUGUUGAGAAAGAAAAGGAAAAAUGGUCCUGGGUAGAUGGAACAGAAUAUAGUGCUACUGAACACCUCUGGGAUGAAGGUCAACCUGAUGACUGGGAUGUUCCUUUGAAUGGUGAGGACUGUGGGCAGCUUCAUGCUUGGUCAUCAAGUAGUCGGAAGCUGUGGAAUGAUGCGGACUGUACGCUCGCUUUUCUUUACUUCUGUGAGAGCAAACCCAAGAGCCACUGAAAAAUAAUUAACCUCAAACACAGCAAAAUGUCUUAAAGGGAUAGUUCACUUUGAAAUUAAUUUUUGAUAUGUUUUAACUUAACUCAAGGGCAUCCAAGAUGU